AAUGUCGUCAAAAUUUUUAGUAGAAUUAUCUAACGAUUACGAAAAACUUUUUGAAACAGAAAUAGGAUAUGAUGUUAUUAUUUAUGCUGGAGAAGAACCAAAUGUUAAAGAAAUUCAUGCACAUUCAAAUAUUUUAUGUAUUAGGUCAAAAUAUUUUCGUACUGCAUUUUCUAAUGAAUGGGCUGAAAAAAUAGACGGAAAAUUUAUUUUUAGAAAACCAAAUAUUUCACCUCAUUUAUUCAACAUCAUUCUUAGAUUUAUUUAUAGCGGAAAUAUUGAAUUGAAAAAUUUGCAAGGAUCAGAUGUAUUGAAAUUAUUAAUAGCAGUAGAUGAACUUAAUAUUCAACAAUUAAUUUCUCAUAUUCAAGAAUAUUUGAUUAAUCAUCAAACUGAAUUUUUACAUCAAAAUCCAACUGGUAUUCUUGAAACUGUUUAUCAACAUGAAACAUUUACGGAUUUAUGGAAUUUUUGUCUUGAAAAAGUUUGUGAAGAUCCUAAAAUCUUAUUUAAUUCUGAUAAUUUCACUAAUUUGAAAGCUCCUUUGUUAGAAUUAUUAUUAAAAAGGGAUGAUUUAAAUAUGGAUGAAAUUGAGAUUUGGGAAAGUUUAUUAAGGUGGUGCUUUACUCAACAAAAUAUUAAAAAUGAUCCGACAAAAUGGAGCAAAGAAGAUAUUACAAAGAUUGAGAGAUCAUUACAUAGAUUUAUUCCUUUGAUUAGAUUUUAUAAUAUUAGCCCUACAGAUUUUUUUUACAAGGUUUAUUGUUAUAAGGAAAUCUUACCACAAGAUUUGAUUCAUAAUCUUUUAGAAUUUCAUAUAGUUCCUAAUAUGAAACCUAAAACUAAUGUAGCACCUCCAAGAAAAUAUCUAAAGUUUAAACUUGAUUCAACCUUAAUUGAAUCAAAACAUGUUUCUCUUUUUGCAUCAUGGAUUGAUAAAAAAGAUUCCUCAUAUUAUAAUAGUAAAAAUUGUCCUUACGAAUUUAAGUUAUUAUAUCGUUCAGGUCAGGAUGGAUUUAAUGCGGAAUCAUUUCAUAAAAAUUGUGAUAAUAAAGGUGCUACUAUUUGGAUAGCAAAAAUUAAAGGCUCAACACAAUUAAUUGGAGGAUAUAAUCCACUUGACUGGGGUGGAAAUUGUGGUCAAAAAAACACUACAGAUAGUUUUUUAUUUAAUUUUACAGAUGGAAAUGAUAUUUCUUCUGUAAAAUUGGGUCCCAUAAAUAACCUGACCGGUGCUAGUGCUAUUUAUUGCUAUAAUAAUCAAGGGCCCAGUAUGGGAAGUUUAAAUAGCAAGAAUUCCAAUAAUUGGUCUUAUUAUGCUGGUAGUACCACUUACCCUAAUAUAGGUAUUCCAUCAAAAUUCACAAUAGAAAAUUAUGAAACAUUUAGCAUAGUUAAGCAAUAACACGUGAUGUUGAUUUAUGUCCAAAAAUAGUUUCAACAAUUUUCAUUUUCAAAAAUCACAUAAAAUUACCAUGAAUAUGUGAUUAUGGUAUUCAUUUUGCAACAUGGAAAUAACCAAUAAAUUGUUGUAGUUAAAUUACAAUUUCUAAAAUUUUUUAUAAAUCUUAAAAUUUUAAUUGUACCUUGCUUCUUAGUAGACGGAAUUAUCAUGAAAAUUUUAAAAUAUUUACUAGAGUUAAAUAUUAUCAUGUCGUAGUUUCAAUGGAUGGACUAACAUUUAAUGAGAAUAUUAUUGAGAUACAAUAAUUUACAUGUACUGUAACUUCACUAUUUUUAAUAAAUCUUCAAUAUGAUUUUAUCU